UUGUUCCAUGGAACUGAAACGAUCCUUCUGUGUUAAAUUAACCCACCAUGUUCCUGCUCCAAAAAUCUUGCGCAAAGCCGAUCCUCAAUCAUCCGGAAUCCGGUUAUAAUAAUACACUUGUAAAACGUGGGUGUUCCAAAAUGUUCUUAAUCCUUGACACAGACAUCUUCUUCAGUCAUCCCCAGCAUAAAACUUGGAGCAUGCUGAUCACGUUCUCCACCAACCCACUUGUACCGACAGGCGACAGAUCGUCUUCCUCCUGCUGCUAAUUAACCAGCGAGAACACUGAAGACAAGUGAAUCUUAUUUAAGCUUUGCUGCUUGCUUGCUCUCAAUCCAGUCCAAUCCAUUAGAGCCAUGCCAAUGGUGCUCGGCCAAAUGGCGCCGCUGGCCGUGCUGCUCUGCUUGCUGGCGGGGACAUCCAUGGCCUUGCCGGCGCUGCCGGGGAUGGACCGGGUGCGGUGGCAGGUCGACAGGGCCAACCGGCGCGGCCCGUCCAUCGGCCUCGUCAUGUCCUACGUCGCCGAGGACACCGCGCUCCAGGCCUCCGGCUACUUCACGCCCUGGCAUGUCCUCCCCUUCGUUGACCUCUACGGGCGAAGGUUUCACAUUGGGAGUAUUCGAGGUGUGAAUGUUAUAUACGCAUUGACAGGACAACGCAGGCUGAAUGCAGCUGUCACUGUGCAAACUCUCCUCGACGUCUUUACUGUGUCUGGUAUUGUCCAUUAUGGCACAGCAGGAAGCUCCAAUGAUUCAAUGUCAUUUGGUGAUGUCAGUGUACCCAAGCUAGUUGCUUAUACAGGUGCUUGGACAUGGAAGAAGUUCAAGUCAUCGAAAGAGUCAUCAACAGAACUAAGCUUUGGACAAUUUAACGUCCCAAAUGGAGGAGAGAACCUGCUAGGGUCUCUGAAAUACAGAAAUGAGGAACUAUACUCAGUGGGUAAGCCUAUGGAGGAAGUUUUCUGGUUACCUGUAGAUUCAGCGUGGUUCAAAAUAGCAGAAGGACUUAAGGUCAACCUUGAAAGAUGUAAUGACACUUUCUGUUUACCAACAACUCCACAAGUGGUUUAUGGGCUUAAAGGGUCAUCAUCCGACAUGUUUCUAGACAACGCAGAAUAUAGGAACUUCCUUUUCAGAGAAUUCGGGGUGUCGACAGUAGAUGAGGAGAGUGCGGCUGUGGUGAUGACAACAACGUCCCCUGGCGUACCUGUGAUUGUAUUCCGGGGAGUAUCUGAUUUGGCCGGAGGGGAACCAACAUGGUCAUCAACAAGCCUCAUGAACCUGGCAUCUAUUAAUGCACUCAAAGUGGCAGUGGAGUUCAUCACUACAAUUGGCAGACAAAAAUCAGCACCAUCAGCACACAGUUCAAAUAAUUGAAGCAAAGAUGGGUGCCUUUCUCACCCAUUAAAUUGUAUUAUCGAAAUAAUUGGGAACUGCAUUCAGAGUGAAACACAAUCCUGAGCUGGAAGAUACACGUAAAUUUCCAAUAGAAGAAUUAGUUGUUUGAGUUAUAUUGUCAACUGUAAGCAUCAACCAUUUUGUAAAGGAAUUUUGUGCAAUGCUGGUCUACCGGAACAAACUGAUGAAUAAAGCAUUUCUUUUAUACAAAAAGAACACAAAAUGUUUUUACCA